UAUAAUAUCCCGAAAAUGGGACUCUCACUGAUAUUACCGUUUUUAGUGGUGACGGGGACUUUUGCAAGUCCUAUACAAGAAUUAGGCAGCACUAAUCAAUGUGCAAAACAAUGUACAGUAACGAGUCAAUUCAGGUAUGAAAGCAGAAAGACAUAUGAAUACAGAUAUGACACCAAAAUAAGAACAGCGAUACAAGGUGCUUCGGAAGAUCAAGCCGGUGUUGACAUGUCAGCAAAGGUGUACAUCAAUUUCCUCUCCAAGUGUGAAAUGGUCAUACGGAUGAGUGACGUCAAAAUGUCAGAGCAUGACCCAGAGACAUCAACCAUGAAACCAAUGACCACAGAGCUCAUUUUUGAACUGGAACGAAAUCCAUUGGUAGUCUCUUUCCAAGAUGGUAAAAUCGAGGAGUUGUGUCUGUAAAAACCAGAAUCUGACAAGAUCUUAAAUAUCAAGAGAGGUAUUCUGUCCCUUAUCCAGAACAAUAUGGAUGACAUCAACAAAGACCAAACAGUCACUGAAAGUGACGUUUCUGGUAAUUGUGUUACUGAAUACACAUCUAAAGAUAAUGGCUGGUACAACAAAAUAAUCAAGAAAUCCAAAAAUCUUCUUGGAUGUACAGGUCGCCAAAACAGUAACUCAGCCAUCCAGGGCAUUCCUUAUUAUUCUAAGUCAGAUGUACAGACUCUUCCCCUUAUCAAGAGUACACAUGAAUGUCAGCAAGAAAUAGUAUCAGCAACUGGGCGUCUUCAAGUCGCAAAGUGUACGGAACAACACAAAUUUGUACCUUUCUCCAGAUUAGACAGUGGAGCCACAACACAUUACACUCAAACCUUGACUUUUGUUAAAGAAUAUAAAUCCCAGUCAAAACCAGAACAAGUUUCUGUAAGAGUACCAGUUCAGUUCCAACAUUCAAAUGGAAACGAUGAAGAAUACACAAUAAAGGACAUAGAACAGAAACUGAUGGAGAUUUGUGCAAACACAAAGAAUGGAGUGACCCCAGAAACACCAAAAUUAUUCACAUCAUUGGUUUAUAUCAUGAAGGCUAUGGAAUCUAACGAUCUUCUGUCAAUUUAUAAAAAAGUUAACAGCAAAGAAAUCUGUCCAGUUAACAACGACAUAGUAAGAAAAUUUUUCCUUGAUGCCAUUCCAAUGUCUGGCUCAAGAGAGACCCUCAAACUGAUGGUUCAACUUCUUGUCAGUAAACAAGUUACAGAUGUAAUUGGAGAUAUUACUGAUAUUGUCAUAUGUAUUACCUCUUUAUAUAGGAAUCAUUCAUAUUUUCUCCAGAAAUCAAUGUUGUUGGCUGUUUUCGUUGAUACUGAAGAAGAUUCUGAAAUCCGAAUUGCCGCUUACAAGUCUUUGAUGGAAUGUCCAACUGAUUAUAUUAUCAGCAAAGUCAAGGGUAUGCUUACAAAGGAAGAAGUCAACCAGGUCGGUUCAUAUGUAUGGUCACAUCUUACAAACCUUAUGGAAACAUCAAAUCCACACAAACAGGCAAUAAAGUCGGUUCUUGAGGAUGAAACGCUUAAAAAAGAAUUUAAUUUGGACAAUAGAAAGUUUUCAAGGAACUACGAAAAGUCUUUAUUCAUCGAAAAGAUCAAUGCCGGUGUUGUUGCCGAGGGAGAUCUCAUCUGGUCUUCUAAGUCCUUUAUUCCACGAUCAGCGAUGGCAAACCUUACGAUAGAUUUAUUUGGAAAUGCAGUAAACCUUUUUGAAAUAGGCGGCAGAUUAGAAGGUCUUGAAUAUUUCCUGGAAUCUUACUUUGGACCUAACGGUUAUUUCAGUGAAAAUGACGUUAAAGAGGCUGUUGAAGAAACGGCAGUGGAUGUCAUUAAGUCAGACAAAGUGAAACGUAUCGACAAAAGGAACAACCGUGUCAUGGAGGAACUUCGUGGAUCUCUCUACUUAAGAGUUUUUGGCAACGAACUCCGGUACAUGAACUUCCAGGGUCUUGACUCACUCUUUUCUCAAAACAGUUUCAAUAUUUUGGAUAUCAUGAUGAAACUCAGUAAAGAAGGCGAUUAUCAAUACACCCACAGUUCAAUGUUCAUGGACAGCUCUGUAAUCGUUCCAACAAGCUCAGGUUUUCCACUUAAUCUUACAGUAAAUGGAACAGCCACUGUUGACUUCAAAGCAUCCGGUAAAAUUGAUGUCAUGAAAUUGCCAACAAUGGACAUUCGUGGAAUAAUAAGACCCAGUGCUGCAGUUGUAGUGUCGAGCAUUAUGGGAAUCGAUGCUUUGGAUACACAAAUUGGAAUCAAAAUGGUUUCAACACUCCAUUCUAGCACAUCAGUACAAGGAAAAGUUUCACUUUCUGAAGGAAAACUCUUUAAUGUCGAAUUUGAUCUACCCGAAGAAAAACAAGACAUCAUUAGUGUUAGUUCUUCCUUUUAUACCGUACAUCGUCAUUCUGAGCGAGAACAGAAAAUGAUAACAGAAAACCGACAGACAUAUAAUGCUUGCACUGGUAACAAAUUAGCAAAGAUAAUUGGUCUUGAACUAUGCAGUGAACUCAGUUUCCCAAAUGCGUCGCUUGUGGAAAAUGCACCUUAUUUCCCUCUCACAGGACCAAUCAAAGCUGGACUGUCAUUAUACAAACGUGACAAAGAAAUGAAAGGAUACAAAAUUGAGGCAAGAUCAACACAUAAUGCUGAUGAAAAUGUAGUCCGACUAGCGUUUUCAACACCAAACUCAUUAACUGACAGAACAUUUGCAUUAGAUCUUAACCUUAACAAGGCACAAGGCGCUUUUGAUGCAAGCUUUAAUUCACCCUGGAAGAAAGCAGAUUUUAAAGGAACAUUUGUAUACGACAACACAAACAAAGGAAUAAGUGGUAAAAUGAACUGGGACGGAUCUGUUCGUUUUGAUGUCAAGGCAAACCUGCAAUCUGAAAAAUCAGGACCAGGAAUGAUCUAUAUACCAACAGUGCAUAUACUUGCUCCAGGAUAUAAUCCUAUCGAUCUGAGAGGUACCAUUAAAUACGCGCCAUGGAAGAUUUUUGAAACAGAUGUUUCACUUAGCGGAAUUUACUCAGCUCCUGUUAUUGUGAAAUAUUCCAUCCAAAAGAAGGCGAAGAUUAUGAGUGCUAGUGCAAGUAUUCAGUUGUCACCUAAGAGGGUUUACUCAAUGCAUUCAUUUGUUCAAACAACGGAAUACCAGAAAAAGUUUUUUUAUUAUAAGUCACUUAUUUCCGUGCGUUCUCCAUCUCAAGAGCUUCUUGCGCUGGCUGGGACAUUUACAAACCUUUACGGAAAGAAAAUUGAAUUGAAUAUAUUACUUGACAAAAUUAUUGAUAAACCAAUUAUGAUUAAAGGUAAGUGGCAUUGCAUAGAUAGCAGAUUUGCUAUUACAAUAUAA